AUGGGGCCUGUCAGCUACUCCUCAGAGACCUAUGACUUGAGCCAGGUGGAGCUGAGUGGUUACUAUGAAGCUGAGAACACCACCCCUUCUUUGGAGGGCUACUUCUGCUUCAACCCAGCCUCAUCUGUGGUUGGCAACCAGGGAGACCCCUUCAGAAAGGUCUUCAUGCCCCUCAUCUAUCUGCUGAUGUUUGUGUUGGGGACUCUGGGCAAUGCUCUGGUCCUGGUCAUUUUAGAGAGGUUCAAGCGGUCUCGUACCACCACAGAAAACUUCCUUUUCCACCUCACCCUCGCCAACCUAGCACUGUUGCUCACCUUCCCAUUCAGUGUGGUGGAGAGCCUGGCUGGGUGGGUAUUUGGGAGGCUCCUCUGUAAGAUACUCAGUGCUGUCCACAAGAUCAAUUUCUACUGCAGUAGCAUGCUGCUGGGGUGCAUCGCAGUGGACCGUUACCUGGCCAUCGUCUAUGCGAUCCACACCUACCGCAAACGCAGAGCUCGCUCCAUCCACCUCACCUGCAUGGCUGUCUGGCUCUGCUCAUUGCUUCUGACUUUACCUGAUCUCGUCUUCAUGGAAGUCUGGACGGAUGACAGCAACCGCAGCAUUUGCUAUUUUCCAGAAGUUGGGAUUGAUGGAAACAAUGCAUGGCUGGCAACUCGCUUCCUCUACCACACCGUGGGCUUCUUUGUGCCUCUGCUGGUCAUGUGUUACUGCUACAUGGCCAUCAUCCGGGCACUGUGUCAGUCCCAGCGCCUGCAGAGGCAAAAAGCUGUCCGUGUGGCCAUCCUGGUCACAGGCAUCUUCCUCCUGUGCUGGAGCCCAUACCACAUUGUCAUCUUCCUGAACACACUUACCAAGCUAGAAGCCUUCACCAAGAACUGCCUCCUGGAAGACCAACUGGACACAGCCAUCAUGGUGACAGAGGCCAUUGGCUUCACACACUGCUGCCUCAACCCCAUCCUCUACGCUUUUAUUGGGGUCAAGUUCCGUAAUGACUUCUUCCGGAUCCUGCAGGAGCUUGGCUGCAUAAGCCAGGAGACUCUGCAAGAGAUCCUGGAGGUGACAAGGAAGGGUAGUGGGAUAGAGUCUGACAACAUCACCUCCAUCUCCACUUUCUAG